CGCACUGGGAUACAGGUUACAACAUAGUGGAGGGUUGGGUGUCUGAACUUCAGUGAACGAGGCUGUGUAGUUGGGUAUGCCAGGCUGCCUAAUCCCGAAGAAAAAGCUUUUCGGUUCGGGGGAAGCAAUCGGACUCCAGGAGUAAGACGGCUUUCUCUUAAAGGGAGGAGGGUGGCAUAGUCCGGGCCAGCUGUUGGGACAGUGAUCACAGAAGGAGGGGAGAGCUACACACGGAAAAGGCGAGGAGUAGCUACCAGCUGCCGGCAUGGCCAGGGACUACGAUUACCUCUUCAAGCUUCUUAUCAUCGGCGACAGUGGUGUUGGAAAAAGUAGUUUGCUACUGCGCUUUGCAGACAACACAUUUUCAGGUAGCUACAUCACCACGAUUGGGGUUGACUUCAAGAUCCGGACCGUUGAGAUUAACGGGGAGAAAGUGAAGCUGCAGAUUUGGGACACGGCAGGACAGGAGAGAUUCCGCACCAUCACCUCAACGUAUUACCGAGGCACUCACGGUGUGAUCGUGGUGUAUGAUGUCACCAGCGCGGAGUCCUUCGUUAACGUGAAGCGCUGGCUCCACGAGAUCAACCAGAACUGCGAUGACGUGUGCCGAAUAUUAGUGGGGAACAAGAACGACGACCCGGGUUCGAAAGUGGUGGAGACCAACGACGCGCAGAAGUUCGCCGAGCAGAUGGGAAUCAGCCUGUUCGAGACCAGCGCCAAGGAGAACAUCAACGUGGAGGAUAUGUUUAACUGUAUCACGGAGCUGGUCCUGAAGUUGCGGAAGGAGGUGGUGGCCAAACAGCAGCAUCAGCAUGAGGGCGACGUGGUUAAGCUGAACAAGAACAGCAAACGAAAGAAGAAGUGCUGCUAGCGAACGAACGCGCCGCAGACGAACGUCGCACGGACCGCGGGCGGAGGGGCACCGACCGAGCCAAUCGAAAACAACCGCGAAACGUGCACAACGAGACUCCAGCUGACUCGGCGAAACUGAUAAAAGCGUCACGCAGAAACGGUGGAGUGAGGUCUGUUUCGGACAUGUACAGAUUUUAUUGGGUGUGGGAGGAGUUUUAUUUGUUUGGUAAGCUGGUCCUUUUCUGUGACGGAAGGGAUCAGGACCCUGACUGCCAGCAUAAAGCUCAGAUUUAGAGAAAUAUAUAAAUAUAUAUAUAUUUUCAAUCUUUGAAGACUCCAUCUCAUUCCACAUGACUCUGGACAUUGAUGAGUCGGGUGAAUAUGGACGCCCCUUUUUCCAGUUUUGUUGUUGUGGGGGGAGCACACCUACAUCCUUCAGAUCAUGAACUUUUGCUUUUUUUUUUAAUCAAUCUGAACCAUUGUUGAUUAUAAUACAAAACAAACAAAAAAAGAUGAAUUGAGAAUUUUAGCCAGUGAGUCUGUCUGAGUGGCCAGAUGGCCGGCUCCAUGUCUUACCUGUCAAUCCCACAAGGACUCCAGUGGGUAAGAACUGCCGCGCGUUUUAUCGUCAGUGUACCGCCAUCGCCUGUACAUCGCAUCCAGCGCAGCCAGCGCCGGAAUCUGGGGGGUUUGCUGUUCCCGUUGCCGUGGAAACGGCGCUCGCCGGUUCCACCGGUCACACGUGGAGGAAAGGAUGGGAGAAAAAGGGUUUUUAAAAAAAAAAAAGAACUAGCAUUAUUUUUGUACUAACACUGUAUGGUGAUUAAUGGUGGUUAAAUAACUGAAAAAUGAUAUGUGGAAUUCUGUGUGCACGUCUCAUCAUCCCCCCCCCCAUAUAUCAGUUGUCUUGGGUCGUCAUUGCGUUGGUUUUCACCCUGGUUCACAUUUUUGGGUUCUGCGUUCUCCUCAGUUCUACCCUGGGGCCAGACGGGACGCCCCGGCCCUCUUGCUCAGCGUGCCAUCCGAUAUAAAUAAACCCCACGUGCUCUGUGUUCAGACUCCGCCCCCCUGCCAUGGUCUCAGGAUCAUGACCCUCUGACAUGCACAGGGGACGAGACUGCCCUCCUCCUCCUUACAUCUGGCUUGGAGUGUGCUACACAGCUUAUUGGGCUUUACCAGAAAGGUUCGGGUAUCAUCGUAAUUUUAAUCAUAGUUUACCCUCAGGUGUGUGUGUGUGUGUGUGUGGGGGGUGGGUGGGUGGGUGGGUAUGUGGGAUGCUGUUUGGUGACUGAAAAGAUUAUUGAGAAUAUAUAGAGUUGCGUACUCAAGCAAAAUAAAAACACACAUAAAAGCAGGGCGUGUGUCCUGAAGCUUGAUUCCGUUGGCCGUGUGACACCCCAUGGGCGGGUCGACUGUAAACCCUGGGCCUCGCCCACAUCCAUGCCCCGCCUCUCUGAGCUCAGGGUACAAUUGUGCGUUUUAACCCUUUGAAGAGUAGGUUUAUUUUGGAAUGUUUUUUUUUUUUUCCCCCAAAAUUUUAAGUCAGUGUUCUAGAAACAUUGCUUUCAUUUACCAGCAGUAAUUGUGACAUCAGCAUUAGAAUGUUCAGGUAAGAACAUUCUAAUCGCAUAGUUGUGAUCUUGCACCUUAAAGGGUUGAGGGGGUCAGCUGGCGUGUGAUGUGCAUGCUCCGUGAGACUGAGAGAGGGCUGUACGGGAAGGAGAAGAACGUGUGUCUGUCAGUCUGUGUGCGUCUGCGUCGGGCGCACAGCGAGCGUCUGUUUCACAAGGCCUCAUGCCAGCUGCAGUGCUUAAUUAUGUCAUUUGCCUAACUGCCUAUUUGAUCCAACAAGCUGAUGCAAGCUACAGCUUCAGACUGCACCUAUCGCCCUGGUGAAAAAGCACACUGAUCUGAUAGAGGAGGGGAACCAUUUUGAUGUGUGCAGGUUUUUAGAAGGUGAAACCACGAUUGGUUGCCACUGAAAUUUACUACUUAAAGCAGUCGAUAUUAAAAGAAUAUUAUUUUAUAUAAUCAGGAACCAUUUUAUAUAAUAUAGGAACCAGGUGGGGAAAUGUCCUACCAGUUCCUGCCAAAAAAAGUGUCGUGCCAUAGGUUAAGUGUCUGGUGAAAUCGCUCCAUAAAGCCUCGGUUGUCGUAUUAAUAUACGUAUUUGUACGCAUACACUGAUAUUUUUGUACAUUUGUGUAAAUUUAAUGGACGCAUACAGAGAGGAGUUUUCCGCAAACAUGCAAUUAUGUCUGUAUGUGUUUGCAUGGGGAGGGGGGGGCCUUUAGUUUUCAUUGGUGGUUUUGCUUUACAUUGCAAAUGUAGUGUCAUCCCACCCCCACUCACAAACGGCCACCAAACUGCUAAUUGAGCCAAAGUGACGGCUCAGUGACUGGCUUCUUCCCACGCACUAAAUCCACCAUGUAGCGCUGUUCGCUUCCUCGAGUGUUGAGGCUGACUGAAGGUAUUUGUUGUUCACUGAGGUGACUGGGGGCAGUGAUGUUUUUAACCGAAUCGGUGACUAUGAAUGCUGACGCGUCACAAAAUGGGGUCAAAUCUGUACUGGUGGAUUUCAGUGUGCUGUGGAAGGGGGAAGAGACCUUCGGUCCAUGCAAAUGAGGCAGAAUGCUCAAAUACGGUUGAAAAAUCGCUCUCUGAUUCAUCGGACGCAGCUGAUUUACUUACUCAAGGGUGACGCGGGGUUAAUGUGUCGUCUUUAUAUCCCAAAAUGUGGUGACCACUAAGGUGUAAUUCUGCUUGCAAACUUAAGGGGGGGAAAUGGCUACUGUAAUAAAUAUUUUCAAAUAAUUAA